UGAACAGAGCUAGUUGCUAAAUGACACAUUUCUACUUGAGCAACGCGUAGCACAAACAGUUACGUGUAAAUACCAGAGUCUCAAGAAUUUAAUGACGAUAAAAGACCCAGGGGUGUUAAUGCAGCAAGAAGAUAUGCACGCAUAAAUUCAUGCCACCACGCAGAGAACCUUAUUUUCUGGUCAUAAGAAAAGCAUUUCUGUUAUUACAUUGAAGCAGAAAGAUCACCAACACUUUCAGUUGAUCACCAUGGGAGAAGCAUCAUCAGAGAUGAAGAUAGCCAGGUUCUCAAGCUGUCGUGGUGUUGCAUUUGAGAUCAAUCCAAACAAAGCCAGCCCCUUCGCAAUAGAAUCACCACCAAAAAAACAGGACAGAACAGGAACAUGGCUCUGGCUUCCUUGGACUUCUCGAAACAACUCCUUCAAGGUUCUUCCUCAUUCACACAACACUAUUAGUCCAACUCGGAGCAGGGCUAGUAGCAGCCACUUCUGUGACAUUGAUAUUGAUGAUGCUGAUGAUCUUGAACUUGAGCUUGAGUUCCUUGCUGAAGUUCAGGACAUAGAGAAAAGAACAGAGAAAGCAAAUGGAGUUGUUAAAGCUGAUCCAUCAAGGAGAAGUUCAAAAUCAAGGCUCUCCAUAAUCCUGUUUGACCAGGGAUUCACAGUGUACAAAUGGCUUUUCCUGGUUUCAUUGACAUUGAAUUUGGUGGCACUGUCUCUUUCAGCUGCAGGGUACUUCCCAUAUGCAGAGAAAAAGGCUGCACUUUUCUCAAUUGGCAACAUUCUAGCUCUCACACUCUGUAGAAGUGAAGCAGUUUUGAGGAUUGUUUUCUGGUUCACUGUGAAGACAAUUGGGAGGUCCUUUGUACCUCUUAGAAUGAAAACUGCUACCACUUCAUUCCUUCAAAGCAUUGGAGGAAUCCACAGUGGUUGUGGUGUUUCCUCUAUAGCAUGGCUUGUUUAUUCCCUUGUUCUGACUCUGAAGAACAGAGACAAAACUUCCCCUGAGAUUGUUGGUGUUGCAUUCACCAUCCUCAGCCUUAUCUCACUAUCGUCCCUUGCAGCUUUCCCUCUUUUCCGCCAUCUCCACCACAAUGUCUUCGAGCGAAUCCACCGAUUCUCAGGGUGGAUGGCCCUGAUUCUCCUCUGGCUGUUCAUUCUUCUGACCAUUAGUUAUGAUCCUAGUUCAAAGACUUAUGAUUUGACCAUUUCUAAGGUAAUCAAGAAGCAAGAGUGCUGGCUCACUUUGGCAAUCACAAUUCUCAUUGUGAUUCCUUGGAUCAGUGUUAGAAAGGUACCAGUUAGUGUUUCAGCACCAUCAGGGCAUGCUUCUUUAAUCAAAUUUGAAGGUGGUGUUCAAGCAGGGUUACUAGGUAGAAUUAGUCCUUCACCUUUAUCAGAAUGGCAUGCUUUUGGAAUCAUAUCUGAUGGGAAGAAAGAUCACAUGAUGCUAGCUGGUGCAGUUGGUGAUUUCACCAAAUCCUUGGUUUCUAACCCACCUAAGCAUCUUUGGGUUCGUGCAAUUCACUUUGCAGGCUUGCCUUAUUUGGUGAACUUGUAUCAGAGAGUGUUGUUGGUGGCCACAGGUUCAGGGAUUUGUGUGUUCUUGUCAUUUCUUCUGCAGAAAAGCCAUGCUGAUGUAUGCUUGAUAUGGGUGGCUAAGGAUAUUGAAUUGAACUUUGGGAAGGAGAUGAGAGAAUUGGUGGACAGAUAUCCGAAGGAGAAGGUGGUGGUUCAUGACACGGCGGUUUCUGGUCGCCCCAAUGUGGCGGAUAUGAGCGUGAAUGCUGCAAUUAAGUGGAAUGUUGAAGUGGUUAUUGUUACUAGCAACCCUGAGGGUAGUAGAGAUGUGGUUAGAGCUUGCAAUAGGGCUAAGAUUCCUGCCUUUGGUCCCAUUUGGGAUUCCUGAAAGGCUCAAUCUUCAAACACACGUGAAAUUCUGAGGAAUGUAUCUCAUAAUAAUUGUUCUGUUUGUGCAUCUAAGGGUGCACAAACUAGUGAUAAAAUUUUAACUUAGUAGUA